GAGAUAUUAGCCAUGUCUAAAGAUUUAUCCAGAGGUUUGAUGGACUUAAUUAAACCCAAAGCCGGAAAAGACCGGACAAUCACUGAGACUUUUCUUUCUCAGAAUCAGAAGUCAAGAACAUGUGGAGAAUUAAUUUACAUUGACACAGAAAUCAAUGGGCGCAAAAUAAGAGCUAUCUAUGAUACUGGAAGUGAGAUAAAUCUUUUAAAUACUUCUAUAUACAAGCAAGGGUUAGGGUUACCCGCAGAUAUGGAACACCAAACCAGUCAUCAAGAUGCAAAUGGCAGAAUCGGAACACUUCAAGGAAUAGUUCGGGAAGUCCCAAUUGAAAUAGGAAGCAUUAGAACAAUAGGAACCAUGCUACUCAAUGAGAACACACCAUUUGAUCUAUUAAUGGGAUGA